AUGACCAAGGCCGAGCAGAAGAAAGCCGUGCAGUUCACCCGCAUGUGCAAGUUCUGGCGGACGAACGAGUGCAAGAUGGGGACGGACUGCAAGUUUGCCCAUGACACUGCCGAGUUGCGGCCGAGCCCAAAGCCAUGCUUCGAGUUCUCCAAGACCGGCUCCUGCGUGCGCGGGCAGGCAUGCAGAUUCGUUCACCUGGCGGACGGCAAUGGUGGCAAGAAGAGCGGCGGCAAAUCCAGCGGCUUGCGCGUGAGCGUGCAGCAGGCGGGCGCCAGGCAACAUCCGCUUGCGGGCGCCAGCCUGUGGCCGAUGGCAUUUGCACCUUAUGCACCAGCUGGCGUGAGCACCCCGAUGCCGGAACUCGACCACAUACUGCUCCCGCUCCAGCCAAGCGUUGUCCCGAGCCCGUGCUUCCACCCGCCACCGGGACUACACGACGCGGGCUUGAUGGAUGUUUGGGAAAAUGGUGCGUGCUCCACCCUGAAGUUGAUGGACGGAGGGUCGCGCCGCUCCAGUUUCAGCGAUGACCCGCUGGGUUUGGAACAUCUACUGUCAAUCCCCAAGGCAGACCCUGACGAUUUGGCCACGCACAGCUGGACGACCACCAUGUGCUUGAGCUCUACACCAGCGAGCUUCAGUGAGUCGGACGGUCCUGAACGGACAUCUUUUUGGCUGUGA